AUGGAGAACAAGGCCAACACAAGGACCAAUUCAGACAUAGGCUCAAGGUCUAAUUCAAAAAUCAGUAUGUCAAAGAAAGACAUGAGCUCAAGGACCAACUCAGAAGUCAGUCCUUCAAGAAGAGACCUGGGCUCAAGGACCAACUCUGAGAUCAGUUCUUCAAGGAGAGACCUGGGCUCAAGGACCCACUCUGAGAUCAGUUCUUCAAGGAGAGACCUGGGCUCAAGGACCCACUCUGAGAUCAGUUCUUCAAGGAGAGACCUGGGCUCAAGGACCAACUCGGAGAUCAAACCUUCAAGAAGAGAGAUGGGCUCAAGGACUAACUCCGAUAUGAGCUCUUCAUGGAAAGACAUUGGAAGACAGAACAGUUCACAUGAAAACUCUCCUCAAGAUGUAGAUCCUAACAGAAGACGCAGCUCAAUGGAGCAUGAGCCAUCUUCUCCAAAAUGGGAUAAAAGAACCAAUAGGGAUGAUGAGUUCCAUGAAGAAAUGCAGAGCAGAAGAAACAAAAAUAAUCCAAGGUAUGUGUCCAUUUUUUGGAUUAAUCUGGACAUGAGGAUUUCCCACUCGCUGUUGUUUUCUGUUUUUUUUGGGCUAAGAUUGACAAAGGCCAAUUCCCUUAGCCCCUACAUCCCCCUUGUCAGUGAUGCAGGUUAG